AUGGAAGCUCCUCCACCUUCAAGUGAUCCAUUCAAGUUCCUCAACAUUUCACUUAAUUCAGAUGGGUCUCUGACCAGACACCGUGAUUUCCCCAAAUUGCCCCCGACGGAGCAAUCCAAAGACAUCCCUUUAAACCCAAACAACAAAACAUUUAUCCGAAUCUUCAAACCCCGGAAUAUUUCGCGGGAAACCAAACUCCCAAUACUCAUUUACUUCCACGGCGGCGGAUUUAUCCUCUACGGCGCCGCCUCCGCUCCUUUCCACGAAUCAUGCAGCAAGAUGGCUGAUCGUCUUCAAACCCUGAUCCUCUCUGUCGACUACCGUCUAGCUCCAGAACACCGUCUCCCGGCGGCGUACAACGACGCCGUCGAAGCAGUCUUAUGGCUCCGGGAUCAAGCUCGCGGCGCAAUCAACGGCGGUGAUUGCGACACGUGGUUGAAAGACGGCGUAGAUUUCUCCAAAUGCUUCGUGAUGGGUUCGAGCUCUGGAGUCGUCUACAGCGUAGCGUUGCGUGUUGUGGACACGGAUCUCUCUCCGGUUAAGAUCCAAGGGCUGAUAAUGAACCAAGCUUUCUUCGGUGGCGUUGAGCCGUCGGAUUCCGAGUUACGUCUUAAAGACGAUCGAAUCUGCCCGUUAACAGCGACUCACUUGCUAUGGUCGCUUUGUUUACCCGACGGUGUAGAUCGCGACCACGUGUACAGUAACCCGAUCAAGAGCAGUGGGCCCCAAGAAAAGGAUAAAAUGGGACGCUUUCCGUCGACUCUGAUUAACGGUUACGGUGGGGAUCCGUUGGUGGAUCGGCAAAAACACGUGGCGGAAAUGCUGAAGGCGCGUGGGGUGCACGUGGAGACGAGGUUCGAUGAAGAUGGGUUUCAUGCGUGUGAGUUGUUUGAUGCGAACAAAGCCAAGGCUUUAUACGACACCGUUGAGGCUUUUAUGAAGAGUUGUUCAUUCACUGCUCCACCGUCCAACAUGUAG